CGUGCGGCGAAAAGAUCGCAGCGUGCCGGGCUCCAUACCCAUACGAACGACACACGCCGUUCAUUUGUUUUUGUCGGCGACGCGCUGACAUCGAGCACGCGCCGGACGAUGACGAUGAUUGACGGGCAGCCGGGUUUCUGAUCGGACAGUAGACGCGGUUAUAAUUUUCGGCCGUCCGCGAUGGACGGGCAAGAGGCGAAAUUCAGCGAGAUUUCGGAAAAUAUCACGGGUGACGGUGACGCCGCCAACGUGACGAUCGACUCGUUUUAUUUUUACGAGGUGGAGCAAUUCACGGUGCUAUGGAUACUGUUCGUAGUGAUCGUCGCGGGCAACAUGGGCGUACUCUACACCCUCCUGUUCGGCAGGUCCAGGAAAAGCCGGAUGAACUAUUUCAUCACCCAUUUGGCUUUCGCGGAUUUGUCCGUCGGACUUAUAAGCGUCCUAACCGACAUCAUAUGGAGGAUUACGGUUAGCUGGAACGCCGGCAACGUCGCCUGCAAAAUCAUUCGAUUCCUGCAGGUGUUGGUGACUUACGGCUCGACUUACGUGCUGGUGGCGCUGAGCAUAGACCGAUACGAUGCAAUCACGCAUCCGAUGAAGUUCUCCGGAAGCUGGAAGAGGGCGAAGUGCUUGAUAAUUGCCGCGUGGCUGUUUAGCGUCCUGUUCUCCAUACCCAUACUGAUUUUGUACGAGGAGAAGUCAAUACAAAACCAACUCCAGUGCUGGAUCGAGUUCCAACACCAGUGGCAAUGGAAGAUAUACAUGGUGCUGGUUUCGGUCACGCUGUUCAUCGUGCCGGCCCUGAUAAUCACCACGUGCUACGCGGUGAUCAUAGUGACCAUUUGGGCCAAAGGGGCGCCCAGCUUUGCGAGAAACAGGCGCAACGACCACGACCGUCCAGGUUCCGACAAUUCGCGACGGGCAUCUUCGAGAGGACUGAUCCCUAGGGCCAAGGUCAAGACCGUCAAAAUCACCUUCGUCAUUGUCACAGUAUUUAUUCUGUGCUGGAGUCCGUAUAUAAUAUUCGACCUGCUACAAGUCUACGGUCAUAUACCGAGGACCCAGACGAACAUAGCGGUGGCCACCUUCGUGCAGAGUCUGGCUCCUCUGAACUCAGCAGCCAACCCCAUUAUCUAUUGCAUCUUCUCUACGCACUUUUGCAAAAUGAUCGGCCUGCUGCCGCCGUUCAAAUGGUUCUGCGGCAGGAAAAAACGGCGGUCAGGCGAUUCGGCUACGACGACGACGACCACCACGACCCAGACGAGCGGCCUGCUCUCCGAGUUUGUCUCCCAGAAACGCAGGUCCGAGUUGAUGACGACCGGAACGAAAGCUCACACAGUAUUAAUCCACGCCAAAAAUUAAAUGUUAGAUGUUCUCCAGUAAGAGUACAUGUUUUGGAUGUCUUUUACCUGCCCUCCUCAGAUCUGUAGGAUGUUGUGCCGCCUCCCACGAAACUGCCCCCUCCCUUCCAGGAAACGAGUAAUAAACGCGCAAAAAGACUGACAAAUUAACGAAAUAAAAAAACGAGUCAAAUAAUGUGUACACAAAUUAUUUACAUGCAAAACGAAAUAGACUGUGUUAGUUUUAUUUUAAUACGUUGUCGUAAGUGUUUUUUAAUAUUAUACAAUUCGAUGUAAAGUUAAAGAACGGCGGAAAUACAAGUCGUUUAAAGAAAAUGGCACCCGUGUUUCAUUCCCCGUCGAUGACAUCACUCGCGCCCCAAGAGUUCGUGGUAUUUUAACUGGCAAAUUAAAGGUUGGAUUAUCCGCCA